UGGACCUGCAAUGAAACCAAUUCAGCUCAGUCAUCUCAAAUCCAUUUUAGAAGAUGCCCAGAGUGGAAUGAAUUAUAGUGCAAUAGUCACACCAGUCUCUUGCAUCCUUCUCCUCAUCAUGAUAAUCAUUGGACUCGUCAUCUACAGACGUAAAAGUUACAGAUCUAAUGAAGCCAGUGUGGCCCCUACGUCAUCAGCCGAUGACUCCCAGACAAAGCCGAAUGAGCAAACUGCAGAGGAUUAUACCCGAUACAACCAAUUUUCUGGACAACAAGCAGCAGCAGAGGAUAUCUAUGAAAACACCGAGGCUCUACAUGAGGAUGAUGAAUAUCAGAACGUUACAUUUGAAUCGAACUAUGCUGUGAAAUCAGCAUACCUACAGAAUAUGGGACGUGAUGAAGCCAAUGUGGCCCCUACGUCAUCAGCCAACGAACCCCAGCCAAAGCAGAGUGAGCAAACAGCUGAGGAUUAUACCCGAUACAACCAACGUUCUGGACAACAAGCAGGAGAAGAUAUUUACGAAAACCCUGAGGUUCUAAAUGAGGACGAUGAAUAUCAAAUGGUUACAUUUGAAUCAAAUUAUGCUGUGAAAUCAGCAUACCUACAGAACAUGUAGUAAGGUCUGCUGUACAUUAAA